GCGCCGCUCCCUGUAACCCAGUGCGCAGAAUCAUCACACUCCGCUGUCAGCGCAAGACAUACUGACGGUAUGGCGGCAGGAUACAGCAGGAAGGAUGCUACUGUCGCCCGUGAUGUGUCUUUCGCCAACAGAAUGUGAAUGGAAUAUCGACGGUAAAGGGAAAGGAUACCGCAAUAAAGGCCUGUCUCCGUGAACUCCGAGAUGGCCAGGCUCGCCGACUACUUCGUGGUGGUCGGUUACGACCUCGAUAAGAGAGGGGGCAGUGAGGGCCAAGGUCACAUUCUCCAGCGCUUUCCUGAGAAAGACUGGGAGGACAAUCCCUUUCCACAAGGCAUCGAACUGUUCUGUCAGCCCAACGGAUGGCAGUUAGUUCCAGAGAGGGAGCGUCCGUCGUUCUUCGUGUCGGUUCUGACCGACAUCAACUCAGAGCGUCACUACUGUGCCUGUUUCACAUUCUGGGAGGGCCUGGACAACCCUCAGCUACCGAAAGCUGAGGCCAGUGAGGUGGAUGAGGACGAAGUCCCAGGGCUGGUCCAGCCGGCCCAGGUCUUUGCCCCCAAGAGCCUGGUGCUGGUGUCCCGUCUGGACCACACAGAGGUCUUCAGGAACUGUUUGGGACUCAUCUACGCCGUGCAUGUGGAUAGCCUCAGCGUUCCCUUGGAAACGGUGAUCGGAAACCUCCUCACCUGCAUCAUCCCCGUCGCUGGUGGUUCUCAGAUAAAUGAGUCCCCAGUAUGUAGUUUAAAUCUUUCGGUUCCUCAGGCCUUAGCCUGUGACUGGCUACUGGGCUGCUUUCAGGACCAGCCGUGCCAGGAGGAGAGAGAAGAGAGCUUGAGGACUAUAACAUUGGGAGCGGGCGAUCGACAGGUCAUCCAGACUCCCAUCAACGACUCCCUCCCUGUCAGCGGCAGCAGCGUAGCCCAUCUCUUUAGACAGCUUGGUAUAGUGAACGUCCUGUAUCUGUUCUGUGCUGCUCUGACGGAACACAAAAUCCUGUUCCUGUCCAGCAGCUACCAGAGACUAACAGACGCCUGCAGAGCACUACUGGCCAUCAUGUUCCCCCUCAAAUACAGUUUUACUUACGUCCCCAUCCUGCCGGGCAAACUCCUGGAGGUGCUGAGCACACCCACGCCUUUCAUCAUCGGGGUCAAUUCUUUCUUCCGUUCCGAGACCCAGGAACUGGUGGGUAGCAUGACCUUGGAUGUGAUCAUCGCUGACCUGGACGGAGGCACGGUGACCAUCCCGGAGUGUGUCCACAUCUCUCUGCUCCCCGACCCCCUCCUGCAGCAGACCCAGACUGCCCUCUCCAUGGUGUUGGACCCAGAGCUGGAGAUGGCUGACCAUGCCUUCCCCCCUUCCUCCACACAACCCUCCACACUCAAGAUCCAGGAUAAGGAGAUCCGGGCGGUGUUUCUGUGGCUGUUCGGCCAGCUGUUCCAUGGCUAUCGCUGGUGUUUGCACAUCAUCCGUAUCCACCCUGAACCAGUCAUCCGCUUCCAUAAGGCUGCAUUCCUGGGCCAGAGGGCUCUGACUGAGGAUGACUUCCUGAUGAAGGUUCUGGAUGGUAUGGCAUUCGCUGGGUUCAUAUCGGAGAGAGGGCCGCCUUACAGACCCACAGACCUGUUCGAUGAUCUGAUAGCCAAUCAGGUGGAGCGCAUUCGCCAGGAGGAGUGCAGCCCGCACAAAGUCAUGAACCAUAUCAAGGAGCUGGCUGAGCAGCUCUUCAAAAACGAGAACCCGUACCCUGCCGUGGCCAUGCAUAAGGUGCAGCGGCCAGCUGAGAGCCCUGGUCACAAUGACCCCAAGAACUUGGCUAUGUUCCCUCUGCUGGACGACGUUACGGUCCAGCUCUUCAUCGACCAUGCCGCCGCCAAGCUCCAGACCGCCCCGCCCGUGGUCAAGGCCGAGCUCAAAGGCAUGGUGCCCUCCGGACCCCCACUGGGAGACAUUGUGGACAGGCAUGGUCAUGUCCUGGCUAACAGCGCUCGCAGGCUGGAGGUGGUCAGGAACUGCAUUACCUACAUAUUUGACAACAAGAUGCUGGAGGCCAAGAAGCUGAUGCCAGCGGUACUGCGGGCGCUGAAGGGCCGGGCGGCCAGGGUGUGUCUGACCCAGGAGCUCAACCAGCACGUCCUGCAGAACCGAGCUGUGCUGGACGACCAGCAGUUUGACUACAUCGUCCGCAUGAUGAACUGCACCUUACAGGACUGCUCCCACAUGGAUGAACACGGUAUUGCAGCCAUCCUCCUUCCCCUGGUCACGGCCUUCUGCAGGAAACUAGGUGCGGGCAUCACCCAGUUUGCCUACAGCUGUGUGCAGGAGCACAUGGUGUGGACUAACAUGCAGUUCUGGGAGGCCAUGUUCUACAGUGAUGUCCAGAACCACAUCAGAGCCCUGUAUCUGGAGGCAGACGGGGGGGAGCAGUCCAUCGCUUCUCGAGGUCAGCAGGAGUCUGGUCCAGCAGCGGGAGGUCAGGAGCUGCUGGGCGCUCUGGAGCUGGCGUCGGAGCAGAGCAGGCUGUGGCCCACGCUCAGCAAGGAGCAGCAGAGUGAGCGCGUGCAGAAAGAGGAGAGCACGGUGUUCAGCCAGGCCAUCCACUACGCCAACCGCAUGUCCUACCUGCUGCUGCCCCUGGACACCAGCAAGAACCGCCUGCUCAACAGGUCCGGGAUAGGGGAUGUGGAGAGUGUUAGCAACAGCUACGUCACCAACAGGUACACCAACAGCAUUGCUGGCAGCAUGGCGGAGAGCUACGACACAGAGAGCGGCUUUGAGGACGCUGAGAGCUCUGACGUGGCCAACUCUGUGGUGCGAUUUAUCAACCGCUUCGUAGACAAAGUGUGUAACGAGAGUGGGGUGACCAACGAGCACCUCAAGGCACUACACACCAUGAUACCAGACAUCGUUCAGAUGCACAUCGAGACGCUGGAUGCAGUCCACAGGGAGAGUAAGCGACUGCCACCGAUCCAAAAGCCCAAGCUUCUGAGGCCCAUUCUUCUGGCGGGGGAGGAGCUGGUGAUGGACGGCAUGCGGGUGCACCUGAUCUCAGAUGGCCGGGAGGAGGCCACGGGGGCCUUGGGGGGUCCACCCCUCCUCCCUGCCGAGGGGGCUAUCUUCCUCACCACCUACCGCCUCAUCUUCAAGGGCACGCCUAACGACCCGCUGGUGGGUGAGCAGGUGGUGACUCGGUCGUUCCCCAUCGCCUCCCUGACUAAGGAGAAGAGGAUCUCUGUCAGUCUGUCCAUGGACCAGUUUAUACAGGAGGGUCUGCAGCUACGUUCCUGCACUUUCCAGCUGCUGAAGAUAGCGUUUGAUGAGGAGGUGGCGUCGGACCUGGCCGAGGUGUUCCGGAAGCACAUGCACAAGCUCCGCUACCCACAGCACGUCCAGGGAACCUUCGCCUUCACCGUGGGCCAGAGUGGCAAGACGUUGGUCGAACACAAGACCAAGGACAAGAACCAGUCAAUAAAAACACUUUCCAAAAACUUGGUGAAGAGCGCCAAGAGGACGAUCGGUCGACAGUAUGUGACCCGGAAGAAGUACUCACCUCCCACCUGGGAGAACAGGAGCAGCCUGCAGUCAGAGCUGGACGAGGAUGAACUCUCUGUCUCAGAGGAGUUGGACCAGGGCUCCCUCACCCUCUCUUCCACCAUCCGCUCCUCGGACAGACAGACCAUGAGCAACGUGGUGGAGCGCGCCUGUUGCCGUGACUACCAGCGGCUAGGACUGGGCACGCUCAGUAACAGCCUGACGCGCUCCAAGAACGAGCCCUUCCGCAUCUCCACCGUCAACCGCAUGUACACCGUCUGCAGGAGUUACCCCGGCCUGUUGAUCGUGCCCCAGAGCAUCCCAGACUCCACCAUCCAGCGCAUCUCCCGCUGUUACAGACAGAACCGUUUCCCUGUGGUGUGCUGGAGGAACUCUCGUACCAAGGCUGUGCUGCUGCGCUCUGCAGGCCUCCAUGCUAAGGGAGUGGUGGGCUUCUUCAAGUCCCCCAAUGCCACCAGCGCCGGCCCCUCCCAGGCUGACUCAACCAGCCUGGAGCAGGAGAAGUACAUGCAGGCGAUCAUCAGCUCCAUGCCCUCCUACUGUGAGCCCAGUGGCAGGAACACGCUCGGCGGCUUCACCUCCACUCACAUGAGCACCUCCGACUCGUCAGAUAAGCUGAGGCAGCCUAAGAUCGGAGCUCUGAUGAAACAGGUGAUGGGAGGCAAGGAGGACGUACCUGGAACCUUCAGCCGCGGAGGGAAGUGGGGCAGUAUCCGGGGUAGUGGGCGUCUGAGUGCCUACAACCCAGAAGUGGGGAACAGGCUGUCCAGUAAGGAGUCUCCCCAGCCCAACGGGGGCCCCAGCGAGGCUCUGUUCCUCAGACAGCAGAGGGCCUACCUCUACAUCAUCGGAGACAAGACACAGCUCAAGGGUGGUAAGCAGGACUCGUUCCAGCAGUGGGAGGUGGUGCCCAUCGAGGUGUGUGACGUGCGUCAGGUGAAGAACAGCUUUAAGAAGCUGAUCAAGGCCUGUGUUCCCAGCUCAGCCACCUCUGAACCCAGCAUGACCUUCCACCGCUGCCUGGAAGAGUCCGAAUGGAUGUGCCUGCUCCACAGAGUUCUGCAGGUGUCUGUCCUGGUGGUAGAGUUGUUAGACACGGGCUCGUCAGUCAUGGUCAGCCUGGAGGAUGGCUGGGACGUCACUACUCAGGUGGUGUCUCUGGUCCAGCUUCUGUCAGACCCGUACUACCGGACCUUCGAUGGCUUCCGCCUGCUGGUGGAGAAGGAGUGGCUGUCGUUUGGCCACAGGUUCAGUCAUCGCGGCGCCCAGACCCUGGCCAGCCAGAGCAGCGGCUUCACUCCUGUAUUCCUGCAGUUUCUCGACUGCGUGCACCAGAUCCACCUGCAGUUCCCCAUGGAGUUUGAGUUCAGUCAGUACUACCUGAAGUUCCUGGCCUACCACUACGUGUCCAACCGCUUCAGAACCUUCCUGCUCGACUCGGACUACGAACGUAUUGAGCUCGGGGUUCUGUACGAGGAGAAGGGGGAGAGGAAGAACCCGCAGGUGUGUAAGUCAGUGUGGGAUUACAUCGACCGGCUCAACAAGAAAACGCCUAUCUUCUUCAACUACAUGUUCUCACCAGAGGAUGAGGAGGUGUUGCGGCCGUACAGCUUUAUCUCCAACCUGAAGGUGUGGGACUUCUACACAGAGGAGACUCUGUCUGAGGGCCCGUCUUACGACUGGGAGCUGGUGCAGAGGGGCCGGCAGGAGAGGCUGGCUGAGGAGGUACCUGACAAACCAGACACCACCACCCCCAAGUCCCAGCGAUGCAUCGUCUGGCCCUGCUACGACAGCCGCAGCAGAGUGGUACCCGACGCCAUCACCAAACUGCUGCAGGACCUGCAGAGUCUGGAGGCAGAGUUGGGGCUGCCACCAGAGAAAUGGAAGGACACCUGGGACAAGAUCAAGGCUAACCAACGGGCCGAGGCCAAGCUGGAGAACAGGCCGUCUUUCAACAACUCCUUGCUGAUGUCGUCCAAUCUGAGUCACCAGCGGCGGUCUCAGGGGGUGUACCUUCCGGAGAGUGGAGUGGGCUCCUCCAUUAACCUGGCCAUGGACCGUGAGACCAGCACCACCUCCACCCCUGUGGCUGGGCGCCCCAGCACCAGCACCCUAUACAGCCAGUUCCAGAGCACGGAGAGUGAGAACAGGAGUUUUGAGGGCAUCCUGUUUAAGAAAGGUGCGUUGCUGAAGCCAUGGAAACCCCGCUGGUUUGUGCUGGACAAGACCAAACAUCAGCUGAGAUACUAUGAGACCAGGCAGGACAAGGAGUGUAAGGGGGUGAUUGAGCUGGCGGAGGUGGAGUCCGUCAUUCCAGGCACGCCCACCAUGGGAGCGCCCAAAAACAUAGAGGAGAAAGCCUUCUUCGAUCUCAAGACGACCAAACGAGUGUAUAACUUCUGUGCGCAGGACAGCCCCAACGCACAGCUGUGGAUGGACAGUAUUCAGAGCUGCCUCUCUGAUGCCUAGGCUCCACCAUAACAGGAACUAUCCAACCAGGAACCAAUGAGCAAUGCUGAGGCACCCGAUGGACAUCUCUGCUGGCCAAUCACAGGAGUUCCUCUCCAGAAGGAUGCGGGAUUGAGACAGAGUCCUUUCCACAGUUGAGCGCCGUUGAACUGAUGUCACGUUUCAGUGUUUUUGUUAUAAAAAAUUUAAGAAAACCGAAAUGAAAGUAAGAAGUCCCUGAAUGACCACUUGCUUUUGUCUCACCGUGUUGCUGGCUGCAGCCUGUCACCUUGGUAGUACAACCACUCUUUGCGCUGGAUGUCUAUGCAAAAUGAAACAAGCAUGAUGUAGUUUGUGGUGUGAGCUUGAAGAUGGACAGUUUCUCAGUAAUCUAACUGGGGCCUCCAGCAUGUUCCAGCAUGCAGAUGUAGCCAGAAUCUCCCAUCUCCUAGAGACUACAACUCUCAUUCCUCCACACACCAGGGAGGAAGUAAUGAUGAACUACAUUAUCCAGCCCAGCCAUGUCCUGUUGACCAUGAAAACAGGAAGUGAAUUCUUUAACAGAACACAGAAUUGGCCCCAACUGAUGCAGGACAGUCAUCAUGGUCACCUGCUAGCUGACGUUGAAGCCUCCCGUUUCCCCGUCACUGCCUGAUGUAGCAGAGUCUUACUCGUGAGGAGUUGGACACUCACAGAUCCCCUCUAAGAUGUCUCUUAUUCCCCAGACACACCACCAAGGGAGCCCUCAACGGUUUAUGAAGAAUUUCUAUUUUUUACAGCUGAUCUGUUACAUUUUUGGGUCAGUGAGAGAUCAGUCCUCCUAGUUAUCACACCCAGAGCAGUUGAUAUGCUGUUAUUAGCCCUCGUGAUCAAACCAGGAGAAUGGCAGUCGGAGAUUCUAAAUCCACCGGACAGGGAGUCUGUCUGCAGAACAAUAUUAGUGUUUACACAAGAAGCUAUGGGCUGUACUUCUCCCUCUAUAUUUCUUAUCAAAAACAAAUAAAAACCACUAUUACAGUUGAAUGUUAAGGGAUGCUGAAGGAACAGGAGGGAUGUAUUUUUGUGAAGAUUAAUUUAUGCACAAAAUGAUAAAACAAAAGGUGGAUGGGGCCUGUGGGCAGAACAGAUUAUGGGAUGGAUGACUAGUCUGUUUACUACAUGGCACAGUGCUGAGACUGGAUCUGAAUAACAUGACAGACUUCCUGGAUACGACCCCCCCCCCCCUCUGUUUCUAUGGUCAGGUUUAAUGUUGGACAAAUGGUAUUUCAGUUAUACAAGUGCCAGUGGAUUUUAACAUGUGACAAGUAUUAGACAGUUGGAUUGGAAUGUGCUCUAAACAACCAAUUUUGUUUUCCGGUAAUAUAGUUCUUAACCAGAGAGGCGCGUUGGGUGUUCAAGGCACUUAGAAUAAUUCAAAUCCCCAACUAUAAUUACGCAGCCAAUUAAUAGCAUUGAAAGUCUCAAAAGCAUGUGUCCGAGGAUAAGAUAUCACUCUCUGUGCACCUACUCAGCCUUUGUUUGGUGGUCUGUGAGCUUGGCUUCUGAACAACUGCAUCUAUGUGAACAGUAAUUCUUCAGCGAGUCCCAACUUUCUCGCCGCUGCUCUUCUGUCUAAACCAGUGUUUUUAGCUAGAGGCUGUUACAUUCUAUUCUUAAGCCUGUACAUAGGAGUCAAUGUCUGUUAGAGCCUUGUAGAGAAAAUAUGUUUAGCUGGAAUUUGUGAGAUUGCAAUUAAGUAAAUUGUUAGUUUUUUUAUGCUACAGAGCAGUAUCGGUUAGCCCUCAUUUUGAGCCCCCAAGUUAUGAAAACAGACGCACACACAUUGCCGUGUAAAAUAUGGUUAUACUGCUGUCAUGUUGAACAUAAAAUUUGAAUUGUAGAUUUGUGUCUAACUCCUUUUGUAUAUACUACUCAGAUUUGUAUGUAACGUUUAUGGUAGUAAUUUAUUUAACUUUGUCUCCUCGGUAAGAAAAGCACCACUUAUUUUUAAAAUUAGGAAUCCAAUGUGCCAUUUGUUUAUUUCUGUGUUUACGUGACUAAUGCUACUACUUUUUGGAAAAUGUGUUGUAUAAGUAAACCCUCAAUGU